UCACGACCGGAGGGUGCAGCUGGCCAUCGUCGGUUUCGUGUGGAGCGGAACCGGGUACGCUGGACGAACGAUGCUGACGAUGACGCUGGUCAUCGCGUUCCUCGCCGGCGCCGGAUCGAACGGUAACGGUAACGGUAACGGCUCGCGGGGCUCCAGGGAACGCGAGGGGGAACGCGGCGUCACCACGGAGGACGAGGCGAUGGACGCCGGGCGGAGGGCGGCGAAGGGAGGGGGGGAACGAAGGGAGGGCGUCACCGUCGCCGGCGGCGUGACCAUCGAGGAGAUGCCGCCGUCGCCUCUCGGACGGGUGGACCCGAACGUGAGGGGCGCCGUGUCCUCCUCCUCCUCUCGCGGCGGCGGCACGAAGCAGCGGACGCCCCCGCCGCCGGCGGUGGCGUCGUGCGGUAGGGACGACUCGGCGAAGGAAUCGCGCGGCGGGUCUCUGAGCGCGUCGUCAGACGAUGAGUCAUUUGGCGGCGAUUUGGCCAAAUCCUCGUCGGCUUUGGAUGUGGAUGUGGCGGCGACUCGACGCGCGGAGCGGGAUUCGCCCAAGCGGACUCCGCCUUUCGUCGGGGGCGGGGAGAAGGACUGGAGCGGCGGUGGGAGCGUCUCGGCCGCGAGGCGAAGGAUGAUUGCCGACAGGGCGAGGAGGAUCCUGGAAGGAGACGAGAGCGACUAGCGCUGACGAGUCUAAAAAUCAAACCGCAAAUUAGCCCCAUUUUCACCGCGGGUCAUGCACACGAUGCGCAUCAUGAAGCCGUAAUUGCAAUGUAAUUGCGCAAUUCGAACUGGCGGCCGGUGGGCAGAUGCCGUCGCGUUUUUGGUAAAUCGAGAAAAUUCACCGCCGCCGCAUCACUGCACUUCGCGCGCGUCGUCCCGCCGGUAAAGCCUCGGGUGCUCGCCGCAUCGUAAGCUCGCGUGUCGAUCGUUAACGUCGAGCCGCGCAGAUCCCCCUCUCUUUCAGCAGGGUAACCUCGGAGAGACCCCCGCGUUGCAUCGGUCGGCGGCGGUUGCCACGAAAAGAAAGCUAGG